CCAUCCCUGGUGGUGUUCAGCGGCGGCACCGCCUUCAACAGCGUGGCGGGCCACAUGCGGCAGCUGACCACCCGCAUCGCGCACGUCCUGCCCGUGUCGGAUGAUGGGGGCAGCACCGCGGAGAUUGUGCGCGUGCUGGGCGGCCCUGCGGUCGGCGACAUCCGCAGCCGAUGCCUGCGCCUGGCAGACGACAGCGACGAGGAGGCGCGUGCGGUGCGGCGCCUGCUGGCGCACCGACUGCACGGCAAGGACUCGCGCGCGGCCAAGCUGGAGUGGUACUCGAUUGUGGAGGGGGAGGACGCGCUGUGGGAGGGCAUCAGCGACGCCUACAAGGACAUCAUCCGCUCCUUCCUGGUCCACUUCCACGCCAACAUCAUGCGCCAGUCCACCAAGCGAUUCGACUACCGCGGCGGCUCGGUCGGCAACUUCUUCUUUGCGGGGGCGCGCAUCUUCUUCAGGUCGCUGGAAGCCGCCAUCUUCCUCUUCUCCCGUGUGGCACGCAUCCCAGAGGGGUCCCUCGUGCUGCCCGCCAUCUGCACAGAGGAGCACAUCACGUUGGGGGCUGAGCUGCUGGAUGGCAGGCUGAUCGUGGGGCAGCACCAGAUCUCGCACCCAAGCGCCACAGGCGCGCCCUGCUGCUCCUGCCGCAGCCCACCUUGCUCGGGCUCUCACCUUGCGCUCCUGCCCGCGCCCGCCUGCGCCUGCCUGCCUGCUGCGGCGCAUGCAGAGGGCGACACGCACGAGCACGAGGUGGCACCUGCGCCCAACCCGCGCGUGCUGGCUGAGCUGGAGCGCGCCGACGCCGUCAUCUACGGCAUGGGAUCGCUCUACACAUCCAUCGCCCCCUCCCUGGUCCUCAAGGGCGUGGGCGAGUGCAUCGCCGCCGCCGCCGUGCCCAAGAUCUUCAUGCUCAACGGCGCGCUUGACCGCGAGACGUCGUGCUGCCCCCAGCACAGCGGCCCCAUGACGGCGGCAGACAUGGUGCAGGCCACGGCAGACGCGCUGAACCGGCGAGCAUCUAAGCGCACGCACCGGCUGGGCUUCCCGCCCUCCGUCUACGUCACCGCGGUGCUUGUGCCGGCCGGCAGCCCCAUCGCGGUGGACUGCGCCAGCCUGGAGCGGCUGGGGGUGCGCCAGAUUGUGGAGGUG